CACUUUACUGUUCUCUUUCCCUUUUCCUUCCUUUGGGUUGUGUUGUGUUCCAACUCCAACUAGUGAGUAGUGUGAGAUUCUCAUCUCAUUGUUGGUUGCAUUGCAUUUGCACCCCAAAAGAGUAAAAGGGAAGAAAAUGGAGAAAGCUCUCACAAAAGUUAAUAGCUUGAAGGUGGGACUGGGAAGCUCUUGGAUUACCAAAAAGGCCAAGGAGGAGUUCUCUAACAUAUCUGAAGAUAUAUCUACUUUCUCAAAUACCGUUGAGGAAAAGGCUAAAUGGAUUUUCAACAAACUAAAAGGCAAGCCACUGAAAAGCCUAGCGGAUCUCCUCCGAGAGUACAAUUUACCUGCAGGGCUAUUUCCUCAGAACAUAAUUUGCUAUGAGUUUGAUGAAACCAAGGGUAAGCUCAUUGUGUACUUGCCAUCUACAUGUGAGGUCAGCUUCAAGGACUCUUCUGUACUGAAGUAUGCGACUCGUGUCAAAGGGGUUCUUACAAGGGGAAAGUUUUCGUCAAUAGAGGGAAUGAAAACAAAGGUUCUUGUGUGGGUUAAGGUGACAAAUGUGGCAGUUGAAGGUUACAAAUCUGAUAAGUUGUGGUUUACUGCGGGUGUAAAGAAGUCAAGGCCAAAGGAUGCAUAUGAUACACCUCGUGAUGCUGUCAGAGUAUCUGAAUUCUGAGUUCACAAAUGUUGGUUGGUUAUUAUUUCAUUACUAUUUAUAUUACUAUAGAAUAGAUAGUCUCAAUCUAAAUUAUUGGAAACGUUUACACACAGUAGGUGUACAAGUUAGGAUCCUCUUCUCAAUAUUUAUCUAUAAAUAUUGGAUGUAAUGCACUUUCGGUUAUUCAUUGUCUCAUUGAACGUAAGUCAAUUGGCGAGCUGAAAUGGGAAAUCUAAUGGUGCCAGACACGUCGAGACCGUGUCUUUUUUUGUAAACUGGGUUUUAAAAAGUGAGGUUUAGUUUUAAAGAGUAGAAGUGUGCAAGGAACAGCUCUUGUGUGGCUGUUGCAUGAAUCAAACACACAAAAAAUGUCUACUUCCUCCAAAAAUUAAGAUGUCAUUAUAUUAUUUGUUAAAAUGUAUUUGUAACUGAAUUAUCCUG